UUAUUGCACCACACAAUAUGGAUUUUGAUACUUCCAACAUGUAUCUACCCGGCUGCACGUACUACGACUUCGCCGGCCUGCCUCACUAUCUCACCCAGGGGCAGUCGUCCUCCUGCCCGGUGGCGUACUCCUACCCGUCGGCUCUGCCCCAGGUCCCCUCCGUGAGAGAUGUUGCGUUCAGGGACUACAGCGUGGACGGCGCGGCUAAAUGGCACCAGCACCAGCACCAGCACCAGCACGGCAGGGGGAGUCUGCCGCCGCACUGCUACGCCGACGACGCCUGGACGGGCGCCACCCCGAGAGGAGGGGACAUGCCGGGGAAAGGCGGCGGAGUCCACGCCGGGUCGGGGGGGUUCCACGGCGGCGUGGGGAGGAACGGCGUCUUGCCGCAGGCUUUCGACCAGUUCCUCGACUCGGAGCACGGAGCCACGCCGGCCCAGCAGGCGACACACUUGGACAGACAAGGGAAGGCGAGCCCGGCUGCGGAGCCUCCAGCACUGACGGCGGACAGCUGCAGCCCCAAAUCGUCUCCUUGCCUCGGCGAAGACGCGAGCAGUAAAGGCGGCAGUGUGCAGAGGACGCGCAAGAAGAGGUGUCCUUACUCCAAGUUUCAAAUCAGGGAGCUGGAGAGGGAGUUCUUCUUCAGCGUUUACAUCAACAAAGAGAAGCGUCUGCAGCUCUCCAGGAUGCUCAACUUGACUGAUCGCCAGGUGAAAAUCUGGUUUCAGAACCGGAGGAUGAAGGAGAAGAAACUGAGCAGGGACCGUUUACAGUUCUACACCUGCAGCAACUCCCUCUUAUAG